AUAAUGUGGAAAAAGAUAAACCAACAGUAACAACCAAUGGUAUACAGAAACAAUGUGCAGAGGAAUGGCAUUUGCUUGAUCAAGAUGACAAGAAUCAAUGGAAAGCAAAGGCUAUAGAAACAAUCCAAGAAAAUGCUGACCAAGAAGUAUUGAUAGUUCACACAUCCAAUAAAUUUAAUAUGAAAACAUCUUUUUUUGGGACAGAAGCAACAGAAGAUUUUUUCCAACAAUAUUGUUUCAGAGAAAAAUUUUUAGAUGUGUUUU